UUCAUUUGCGUCACCAGAAAUGGCGGCUGGAGGAGAGGGAUUAUAAAAUAAGCAUUGUGUUGGUGACCAUCAAGCAGCCAAUCCAAGCUAUGUCUCAGCGAACCCAUGCAGAACUCCUGCUGGAGAAGUUGCGUCAGCAGAGAGACACCGACUUGUUGUGUGACAUGACAAUCACUGUGGGCGACGUGCCAUUCCGAGCACACAGAAAUGUUCUGGCGGCGUUCAGCCAGUUCUUCUCCUCCGUGUCUGACCCAGCUCAACAGGACACGAUCCUUGACCCGGAAGUCGUCAGUCAGCAAGCUCUAGAGAGCCUGCUGGAGUUCAUCUACACGGGAGCCAUGAGCAUUGACAGUGAAAGUUCUGAGGCGGUACGCAAAGCGGCCAUCUUCCUCGGAAUAUCAGAGGCGGAGCAGUAUAUAGAAAAAAAUCUUCUUUUACCUGUGUCAGAAGUGCCCAUCCAAUCACAGGAAGUAUUAGAGUCCGACCCUACUGUCCCCUCCCGCCCAGACCCACCAUGUCCUCCAUCUCCUACUAGCCAUGAGGAUGUAGUUGCUGGUUCUGCUUCUUCCGUGGGAGAUGAGGUAAAAGAAAUGGAGGCAGACGAGAACAGGACUGAAGCGGAGGACAACGGCAACAAUACAGAGUACACUCCACCCAACACCAGCUCUCCUCAGAGAGGCCCGGGCAGGAAGAGGGGACGGAAGCCCAAAGCCCCACCAGGUGAACCGACCUCCCCCAGCAGUGCCUCCGAGGACGUGGCAGAUGUGGUAAAGACCCAGAGAGGGAGGGGCCGGGGCAGAGGAAGAGGAAGAGGGAGGGGGAGAGGAAGAGGAAGAGGGGGAGUAAAGAGAGAGGAGCUCUCAUUUGUGGAUUCUGACCUCCAAGCUAUAAAGAAGGGAAGAGACAUUCCUUUAGACCAGAGUCCUUCGCCCCUGAGUUCUCCUGCCAAAAGACCAAAAAGAAACAGUGGAGAAGGGAGAGGGAGAGGAAGGGGCAGAGGAAGGGGGAGAGGGAGAGGGAGGGGUAAACUGAAAGGGAACACAAGCGACGAAGACUGGGAUGGGGUGGAAGUAGAAGACGAGGACGAGGAGGACGAAGAGGUACGCAAGCAGCAAAGAGAGCAUCCUCUGUGCAUUCAGUGUAACAAAGUGUUCUCCGAGUACAGUAGUCUGCGCAGACACAUGCGGAUUCAUAAAGGCCUGAAGCCUUUCAAGUGCCCCAUUUGCUCGAAACACUUCAGACAAGGGAACCAACUGAAGACUCACAUGCGCAUACACACAGGAGAGAAGCCAUUUUCCUGCACUCAGUGUGAUAAGAGUUUCAUCCAGAAAUGUCAACUGGUGUCCCAUUGUAGGAUGUACCAUGGGGAAGAGAAGCCAUACCGUUGUGGAGAGUGUGGUCUGCAGUUCGCUACCUCGACCAACUUCAAGAUCCACUGCAGACUACACAGUGGAGAGAAGCCGUACGUGUGCGAAGAUUGCGGGAAAGCGUUUGCCCAGCCCAGCACGCUGAUCUAUCACAAGAGACGACAUACGGGCGAGAAACCCUAUCAGUGUGACACCUGCGGCAUGUCUUUCUCCGUCUCCUCCUCUCUCAUCUCGCAUUCCCGAAAGCACACUGGAGAGACUCCGUACGCGUGCACGGAUUGUGAUAAACGCUUCGCAUCUGUGUCAGAACGGAACAAACAUGCACGUUCUCAUGGGAAAGGGGCUGUUGUGCAGUGUAAUUUGUGUGGGAACAGCUUUAUAAGCAUUAAGAACAUGCUGAGACAUCAAGACAGGGUGCAUGCCGGUCAAUGUGCAGCAUUCCAAGAGGGAAGCAGCCAUCUCAACAUUCCCAUCGAUCACCAGGGGCUCAUCUCUCGCCUGCUACCCACCGCUGGUGCCGAACCCUCCAUCCUGGACUCUGGCACCCAGACUGUUGGGGUCCAGUCUGGGUCUACUUUCAUAAAAUUUGAAACGGACUCCUCUAACCCGAACCUGGACGGUCUGGAAGCGAGCAUUGUCAUACCAAAACCUGACCCUGACAACAUUGAGUCUACUUAUGGCCUCCACAUUGACAGCGCUGACACUGGAAUCCACCCAGACACCCUCCGUGCGCUGGUGGAGCAGCUGAGGGCAGCCACUCCAAUGACUGACAAUGUGGAGCAGAUUAUCAUAAUCGAGACCCAACAACAUUGACCAACGACCCUCUGCAGUAAACUCUGCUGUGUUUCGAGCUUGGAGCAGUGAAUCCACUUUCUCCUUCAAAGUCCCAACAUGAAGAACUAGUUGACUAGUAUGCUGGUACAUGUUUAUCCCAAAGGGUCACACUGGAAGGGAAUUACAAAAACGGAUUGUAGACCAUCGACACUUAUAGAACCCUCCCAUGUGUGUCUCUCAGGGUUUUUAGGGUAAAUGGGUGAUACGAUUUCUAGAAUAUCGUUUUCUCCAGGCGAAAGUUCCAAACUGACUUUAAGGGAGUGAUAAAGUAUCAUACUGUUUUAGAUAUUUCUCCUGCUUCAUUGAACGUACUGAAAAGCAUUUUAGUUCUAUUUCUUUCAAUUAUUUUAGAGUGUCUCCAAUCCUUUCUAAAUUUACUGCCAUUCUAAAUCUGCAAUUCUAACCUAAUAUGAAUUUGUUUAAGCUUCUAAAACAAAAACUCACCUGUUCUGCGAAUAGUGAAUAAUCUAUUGUUUCAAUCAGUUUGUUUGUCAGACAUGGGAGAGAAAGAUGCUUCUUUCAAAGUAUUAAUUGGACAUGGGUGUGUUUGGUUUUAUUUCAUUAGUAUUAUUCCAGAGUUUAUGAAUCAUAAACACGUUUUGGCGGAGAAUAUUUUGGGAUGUUAAAUAAAUUAUUCAUUCCCCUAUAAA